AUGACCAGCUCGGACGCUCUGAGGGAUCCAAUGGUCUGGAAGUUCGAAUUCCGGCAUCUUCGGAAGGGCAUCACUUUUCAAAACAUUUUUGAGUCCUCCACCGGAUGUACCGCGAACAAUUGGACUGGAAGCGCGUUCAAGGUCGCAGGCGGGUACUCGUGGGGCGAUGUGGCGGCAGAGGCUCAGAAGCACAACGCCGUUAUUGUCACUGGUGGUACUCCCUCUCUUGGGGCUCUUGGAGGCUAG